UUUCUUUUUUUCGGACAGAGGGAGGGGUGUUGUGGGGAAAUGCUCGGCGAACCGUGAAGGAUAACAGCGAGAAGGGGGACAAAGACGCACGUAGCGGGACUAAAUGCGCGACUGAGGGAAACAAGAGAAAAACAGUGAGGAGGAAAAACGCGUCGGAACGCGGGGAUGGAUGUUGAGCGUGGAAGAGCCGAAGAGCUGGGAAGAAGAGUCCACACUAACAAUGGCAAAGAAGAGGAGUUCAAGUCUACACAGUGAGUUGUGUCGCGGUGUCCUCCUCGCUCCUCCUGUGCGCGCCGGUGCCAUGGAGCAGAAUCAGGCUACGGUUCGCAGGAAGACCAGCCACUUUUAAACGGACUGUUGCUGCGCUGUUUUCUUGCCUUUGCAGCCACGCGUGGUGAUUUCCCUGAGUCAGGAGGACGCAAACUCAGCCCCACUUGUGCGAGUUCGUGGGUUGUUUUGAGAGUACUGUUCCUCUCGUGCGGUGACUUAUGUGAACUCCACGGCGCGUGAGAUCGGGUGCGUGAAUUGUCCUCAUCCCCAAUGUGGUGGCGGAGAAAGUGCACGUCGCCGAACUACAACUCCAUCCAAGCAUGAGAUGUUGGUGCAGCGCCCUGGCGCUUCUCCCGUGGGUGCUGGUGGCCAUAGACGCCCAGCUCAUCUGCUGGCAGGCGCUCCUGCGCUGCCACGACGAGCCCGAGUGUGAUCUCGCGUACAGUCAGUACUUGGCGGCUUGCGAGGGCAACAUCCGAGGAACCCGGAGGCAGUGUCCGAGCCACUGCAUCAACGCACUCAUCAGACUCAACCACACGCGCAGCGGGCCGGAACUGGAGACCUGCGACUGCGCCCAGGACCUGGAGUGCCUCGGCGCCAAGCGAUCCAUAGAGCCGUGUCUCCCACGCAGAUACCCGAGUGACGCCGGCGGCAUAGGCUGCAUGGAGGCCCGGCAGCGGUGCGAGGAGGACAGCAGCUGCCACACCUCCCUCACCGCCUACUUGUCAUACUGCGGGCAGCUGUUCAACGGCAGAAAGUGCUCCUCCAGGUGUAAAGCCACCAUCCAGCAGAUGCUCUACAUCCCCAAUGGCGUGCUGCUCAACCGCUGUGUCUGCGACGGGGUCGAGAGGCCUUUCUGUGAAGUGGUCAAGGAGAACAUGAGCAAACUCUGCUCCAUAGGAGACCACAAUGUUAUUUCAGACCAGCCCGACGUGGACGACAUGUACGAGGAUGAGGAUUAUGACACUAAGAGCGACCGAGAGGAGGCACAGUCAGACCAUUCCUCUGCGCAGAGAACAUCCAGCUGGAUCGCUCUCCUGCUUCUUCCUCUGGCACGGAUUAUUUACUGAUGAGACGAUGGUGAUGGGUCCUUGAAACACUUGUGUACUCCUGGAUUGCUUUGAAGGAUUGAGUGUUAAACAGACCUAGAGGUUGAGCCCAGAUCUCCUGGAUAAGGAGAGUUUCACCCACAGGGCUGCAUGCAUGGACACAGAGAGCACAGUAUAGUGUUGUGUGUGUAGGCAGUGAAAACUCUUAUAAUGGAAAUGUGUCUUAUAAUGGAAAUGUCCUUGAACCCAAGUGGCAAAAAAAAAGCGCCCAUUGUCAAAAACAAAAGUAAAUACUUGUAGGUGAUAAUGAGAGGAAAUGAACCAAACCCACACUGUUGCUGUUUUGUUGUGCCUUUAAAUAGCUCUGGUUUGUUUGGUUUGCUUUCAAUGACACUUGGAGUGUGGCCUUAUUAAGACCUUAGACAAACAUUGGACCCUUUACAGUCUCUGUUUGCUCUGCUCUCAUUUCAGGGGCCACCUCAUUGUUGCAGCUAAGCACACUUCAAAUAUUUGGGGGAAAUACUGAGAGAGGACAGGCAAUGGUGUGGGAUCAAGUUCUUAAAUGAACUUAAAGCGGCGGCUGGCUGUGUAGCACUCCGUGUCUGGGUUCCUCCCCUGUUUGAGAUAGUUUUAUUGAACUUUUCCUGAGACCUCCCCCGUAUCUCUAUUCUGUCUACUGCCUGCCCGCCACCCACCCACCCCCCCUUUCAUGCCUUUAAAGAUCACCAUCUUUACUGCUCCUCUAACAACACUGAAGCGACAACAGAGGGGAAACCUCGGCUGUUACUGUCACUGCUGCUGCUGCUGCUGCUGCUGUGAACAGGUCAACACAUCACACCUGAAGUUUGUUCACACGUGACGUCGUCUAACCAGGUCCUUACCUCGUCCUUACUGCACGAUAAUCAGUGAGUGUCGCAGUUUCACAUCAACAGCAGUGAGAGAGAGUUCAAAGAGCUUAAAGGCCGGUGAACUCAAGAACAAGUUUCGGAGAAUACACGUCUUUAUCCACAUGGGAACGGCAGCUAAUGGCCAAGAGGAAAGGAAUUGGGCUUGUAACAAGAGGGUCGCUGGUUCAAAUCUGGCGUCCGGUCAAGGAAUGGGGUGCCCCUGACGCAACUUUGUGUGUCAUU